UGCCACCAAACUUUCUCAGAGUCGCCUCACGAGAGUUGAGUUUUACGGAAAAAUCUCAGCUUAUUUUCGUUACCGCAAGCGGCCUCUCAGGAAAAAUAGCGUCGAUCGGGUAAGUCAACUCUACUUUCAUUUUCUUGUUUAUCGCGUUAUUUAUGUAAAUUACAUGUGAAAAUUAUAACUGACGUCACAUGUGAUAGUCGUCUGCAUGUAAAUAUUAUUCAUUACGUUCAGAAAUGGCGAGCGAGUGUUCUGAAAGUGUCUCAGACGCCAGUUUAAAAAUUAAAAAACCUAACUGGACCGAGUUAGAAAAGAAACUUUUGGUGGAAGAAGUGCAUUUUAGGGAGGGUUUAUUGUUUGGGAAAUUUAAGGGCGCUGGGGGUGGGAAGAUAGCGAAGGACGUUGCCUGGAGAGAGGUUGCACAGGCAGUGAACGGGAGCAGUGGUUCGGGAAUACUGAGGACAAGUGGGGAGGCUGCCAAGCAGUACAGUAACUUGAAGCAGAGGGCCAAAGGAAAGUUAUCAGAAUCAAAACGCCCAAAGACAGGAGGAGGUCCCAAGCCACCAAGCCCCACACUAGUUGAGCUUUCCAUUUUGGAACAACUGGAAGGAAGGCCUUCCCUUGAAGGAAUAUGUGGAGGAAUAGAUACAGCGGAUCCAGUGGAAACUCAGCCUUCCACCUCUUCUUCAGCAUCUUCAGAUGUGCCUGCAAAGAAGACUGACGUACAAGAUUCUGGUAAGAAAAAGAGGAAGCUUACCAUCCUGGAGCUAGAGGAAAGGAAUCUAUCAUUAGAGGAUGAUAAACUUCAGGAAGAAAUAAAGAAGCUGAAAGACGAGAGACAGCUCAUUGUGGCCAAGAAAUCAUAUUAUGACCUAAAAUUCCAAAUUUUAUGUAAUAAUAAUCCUGAGGUAGUAGCUCAAAUGUUGAAGACCAAUGAAUGUUGA